ACCGGGGUGGCAGGAUAAAGGUUUUAGGGGUUUUCUGGUCAUGUUUUACAGGGUUUACCCAUAGAAUUUUCUGUUUGGGGUGAGGUUUAGCAGGUGGAAAUUUUUCACCUGGAGGCAUGGCCUUGCCUUCCUCACAGAGAAGGGAGGAACAGAGCAUGAGAUCCAUCUGACACCACCUUCUUUACCACCUUCCUUGUUGUUGUUUUGGAGCUUUGUUUCCCCACUCAUUCCCCCUUGCUUUCUCACUGGGUUAAUUUAUACUGUCAACUUUAUCAGCAUAAUUCUAUUCUCUUGUCUGAUUUAAUAUCAUAUUAUACAAUCAACACAAUUACACAGGUGUCAGCUCUGUCAAUCACACCAUCCAAGUUACGGAAGACAACAGAGAUACUUCCACACCGGUAGGAUGGGUUGAUCAUAGAGGAAUUCGUAGAGUACUUGUAGAACUGAGCACGCAUCGAAGCCCACGAAUUAUUCCUCCCACCGUACGCUACUCACUUCCCCUUCCUCCAUCUCUGCCACGGCUGCAAUCGCGGCGCAUCCUUCGUACGCACGGCUCACCACUCCUCUCCUACAGUGCCCAGCCAUAUUUUCAUCGAGCUUUCUGCCUCUCCCCCCCUAUCUUAUUCCCCUUUGCAACGCUGUCAGCCAUUUGACCACGAGUUCUUUUUAAUAUCUCCCUACCUCCGCUUUUCUCUUCCAUUCCUUAACCUCCCCUCCUCUUCCCCCCCCCCUUUCCUGCCUUACUGCUGUGGUUUCCUCAUCAACCACAUCAACCACAAUGGGCGGCUCUCAGUCUGAGGACUCCUUCGAGUUCGUGGACACUCCACCGGCGUCGACACCUCAACCGGCAUCUGAUUCAUGUGGCGUCAGGACUACUGAUGUGAGUACCGUCCAACCCUCAUGAUAACCCCAUGCCGUUAACGUUGUUUCUGCCCAUCAAUUGGGGAAGUCUGACGUUUCUACAGUAUCCCGCUAUCCCCAAUUCACCUCUUCCUGCCGAAGGUUCAGGGAAUGACUCUUGGUCCAACACGCUCAUGUUUGGGCUCUUGCUUGGCGUUCCCUACUACUUGAAGUACAAGGUCGGCGGCGGAUUCAAGACUUUUGUCUUUUUCGCUCUGAUUGUGGAUCUUCCCAUCUUGGUUGGAUUCUGGGUCGUCAUGUCCACCUACUCGCCGAGGAAGAAUGAGAAGGUCAAGCUCCCUGGGAAGGGUGUCGAGAAUUAUCUCGAGUUUCACAAGCAAGAAGAUGCCAUGAAAUACAGGGGCAACACUAAGAUUCCCAUGGAGGUUUUCUACGAGAUGUACUUUGAGGGCGAUGUUUCCUUCAAGGGAGACUGCUUGGAAAUCCUUGAGCGCCGUCACGACUGGGCCAGCUUCCAAUUCACCAAGGGUCUCUUCAGACACUUUUUAUUGGGCAUGAUUCCCGAAUUGCUUGUGCACUCCCGCUCUCAGGGUAAGAAUCUUGGGCUUUGUCGCUUGAUUGUGGGAUUGUGCUAACGCGGACAAUAGACGAAGAACAGGUCCGUGACCAUUAUGACCGUGGUGAUGACUUCUACGGUUGGUUCUUGGGCCCGCGCAUGAUCUACACAUCCGGGCUUAUUUCCGACAUCCACAAGGAGGAAUCUCUCGAGCAGCUCCAGGACAACAAGCUCAAGGUCGUUUGCGAGAAGAUUGGUCUUGGGAGUGGUGACCGUAUGCUCGAUCUUGGCUGUGGAUGGGGCACUCUCGCUCGCUUUGCUUCCAAGAACUAUGGCGCCCACGUUACCGGUAUCACCCUUGGCCACAACCAAACCGCAUGGGGCAACUCUGGCCUCCGCCGUGAUGGAAUCGAGGAAUCUCAGUCGAGGGUUUUGUGCAUGGAUUACCGUGAUACUCCUGUCCCUGCUGGAAAGUACAACAAGAUCACUUGUUUGGAGAUGGCGGAACACGUUGGCGUCAGACACUUCGGAGCUUUCUUGAAUCAGGUUUAUAACAUGCUCGAGGAUGAUGGAACCUUCUUCUUGCAGAUCGCUGGUUUGAGAAAGUCUUGGCAAUUUGAGGUAAUAAGCUUUUCCAGUUCCGGAUGUUUUGAUCAGGAUGACUAAUGUGGGCUUCGAUAGGACCUCAUCUGGGGAUUGUUCAUGAACAAAUAUGUUUUCCCUGGCGCUGAUGCUUCUACUCCUCUUGGUUGGUUCAUUGAUAAACUCGAGGGCGCUGGUUUCGAAGUUAAGAGUGUUGAUACUAUCGGAGGUAAAUAUCUUUCAUUCCAUGUUGCGAUUGAACCCUGGCUUAUGAGUUUAUAGUUCACUAUAGCGCUACUCUGUGGAGGUGGUACAGAAACUGGAUGGCGAAUCGUGAGAAGGUUGAGGCCAAGUAUGGGAGCAGAUGGUUUCGCAUCUGGGAAUUCUUCCUUGCCUACUCGAGCAUCAUCUCUCGCCAGGGUAGUGCUACUUGCUACCAGAUUGUCCUCCACAAGAAUUUGAAUGCUUUCCACCGUGUCGAGGGCAUUAGCACCCAAUACCAGCUUUCUGGCGCUCUUUCCGUUAAGAGGGAUUAGGGCUGUGCUUUGUUCUUGCAUUUCAGAUUUCGGACGGUAUAUUGUUUCAGAAUAGUGGGGCAGGUGAAAAAAGUUUUGUUAGCAUACAAAGGUAUAUAGACGGCGGUAAUGUGGCUCCUGUGGAAAGGUGAAAUGGUCGGUGUUUGGAAUUGUCGGUGAAUACAAGUAUAUUCAAUUCUGUAAUGUUUAAUACUGUAAAUGUGUGAAUUGGAGAUGUGCCGGUCCUAAGGGAUUGAUCUUGCGAACUGGAUCUAUGAUUGAAUCAGGGGCUUGGCAUCAUAGGCGAUAACAUGGCGUUUGUCGAGGUUCAUCCUGCGGUUCACAGCACCGACGCUAAUUUGACAACAUGUGGAGUUGUGUGAAAUUGGCUUCUCUUCCCUUGUGAAUAGCGGUUACUGUUAUUAAAUUUUUAUGCUCGGGCGUGGUCCUGCAGUUUACAGCAUGUCAUUUGUAAAUUAGAACAGGUGCAGAAAAAAAGCUUUGAAGCUGGCAACAAGCACUACAACUAGUAC